AUGACAAUCAAGUUUUUUUUUGUGAUACUCUUCCUCUUCGGAGCCGUCCAUGUGAAAAGUGCCUUUGGUGAAUCUGGCCUCGAUCUCGAAGGUAAGGUGCCACUUCUGUUACCCUGUCGGAAUGUAAAGUACUUUACACUUUUCUUUGUUACCCUUGCUUCCAACUAAGCUGACAGCAAGGUUUAUGUUGGUAAUGACGAUAUCUCUCGAUUAGGAAACAUGUCAUGUUGUUUUAAAUCCAAAUUCAAUUUAAUUACUAGCUAUUCCCACAAGAAACCACCUGCCUUGAUGUAUUUCUGAUUACUGGUUUACUUUUCUCGGUAUGUAGAGAUAAAUCCAGACCAAACAGCAGUUGGAAGCGCUGAGGAAGAGAGUGAAGACGGAGACGAAGACACAGAGCCGGUUUUGAUUGAUGAAAACGAUCUAGACACAGGUUAAGUUACAUAAGGUUGCAGCUUUCUUUAUUUCCCUUCAUUCCCUCUAUAUUGUACUUCUCAGCAUAAUAACAAAGACCUUUGCUGAAAUUUAUAAUUACUUAUUCAGCUUAUUAGCUGAGGACGUUACUUCCAACAUCAUUGCUCGUUCAUAAGCCGUAAGCAUUUUAGGAGCUAAUGUCAGCAUGCAUCAAACAAACAGCGGCAAGUCACCCAAAUUUGUUUUCCCUCCUACUUUUAUAUUUUGUAGCCCAAUAUGUUCUUAUAAUUGCGGUGUAGUUUUUUUGUUAAAAUAUAUUUUAGUUUUCGAGAAAUAAUUUUUUCGUUCGACCGCUCAAAUAUGCAAAUUUGCACCGUGAUUACUACCCGAGUUGUGUGACCUCAUGUAUCGAGUGUACUAGACUUACGGUAUUUCUGGGAACAUAAUCCUUUGUUUUAUCGUCAAAACUUAAUCCCCUGUCGUCAUUGAAGCUGCCAAAGAUAUAUUUAUUUUUUGGUGAAUAUUUUUGCCCGACAUACUUUUCCUAUGUCGAAAAGUAGCAUCAAAACAAAGACAGUUUUAACAAUGACCGAUAUGACACAAUCUAUUGAGCUUCAAGCUUUUAUAAGACCAAAGGAUCGUUAUAAAGUCAUAAAUAAACAAGAUAAGAGUGUUAUAUUAGACUUUUGUACAAAUUGUAGUGAUUUAUGCCAAUUAACGGUGGCGACAAGUAGGCGCACUAUGUACAUUUCAUAGUCGCUAUCAAGUAAAUUUUACCGGACUUUGAGUUCGUCUCAAGAAAGAACAACACAAAUACACAAGGAAAUUUUUACAGUAACUUUAUAACCAUCCUUUGGUCUUAUAAAAGCUUGAGGCUCAGUAGAUUGUGUCAUAUCGGUCAUUGUUAAAACUGUCUUUGUUUUGAUGCUACUUUUCGACAUAGGAAAAGUAUGUACACCACAAUUAUUAGAACAUAUUGGGCUACAAAAUAUGAAAGUAGAAGAGAAAUCGAAUUUUGGGCGACUUGCCACAAUAUUUCAAAUUUGUUCCAUGGAUUCUGACAUCCUCUCUUAAGUCUCACUAAUUCGGCUGCUCAUGGAGUUUCAUUAGUUAAAACAUUUAUUAAACCUUUUUUUUUAGUUUCCGACCGGUACCAAUUUCCGACAAAAUACAUUGCAAUGAUUAUUGUCUUCGGCACUUUUAGCUUCCAUUUAGCAAAAUAUACCAAAAAGUAUGCUAUUUGAGCCAUAGAUUGAUAAUUUUGGCGGAAUGUUUGGCCAAGAAACUACAAGAACUUCAUCACAUGAGGGAAAUUUAACUGUCAACAUUCUCAGCUAUCAGUGUACAACAAAACUACUUCGUAAAAACAAAUAGCUCCUUUAAGAGGAUAAUACGAGAUAAGUGAGUGGUGAAAACAAUUUCCCGGCAAUUUCGCUAUUCAGUCAUACGUUGAUGAAACAACACUCUCUUUUCCAAUUUUGACCUGAAAAUAGCGGACAGAGAGCCACUCAGUGUUUGUUUAACAGGUAAAUGCUAUUUUCUUGAAAAAGAGUAGAGAUACUACGAGCGUCCUGAUUGAUCAAAAACCUGCGCAAAAAACUUGCGCAACUGACCACUUAGUUAAAUUGCAUUUUAAACACAAAAUUUGAUUUAUGUUGGCCAAAUAAAAUUGUUCUUAUUGUUUUCGGCGUUCAAAGCAUCCCCUUCGUUUCCUCAUAACCAAUGGCCAUCAAUGAAAUGAUUAAUAUUUGGGAAUUUUUUUCCCGUGUGGCACCAUUUCUCGGGGCAUUCGUUGAGUAUAAGGUACGUUAUAAACCCGGCAUAAUUUACUCUUUGCGUCUAUGUUCAUACUUUGUAAGCAUUCCUCGGAGGGAUCCCCAAUUCUACUGUAACUGUUACUAUAACUGUGAAUUCUCUUUAUAAAGAUCUUGACCAGUAUGAAAACGAAACCAACGUCUUAGAAGCUGAGUCCGGUGAGGAAGUUGAAGAAACGUCAGAUGUUUUAGGUGAGGAUAUUACAAUUCUGAUCGAAAUGAAUUGCUUUCACACUUAAAAGUAUCACUAACCAAUAACCAAGUCCAUACAUAUACAUGUCAUUAAAUUAUUCAUCGCUAUUAGCUACAUAAGGGUUCUUUAUGCGGUCAUCGCACAUAUUUUCAACCACUAUGCUGAUUUUUUUUUCACACUAGGCGGAAUAAUAUAGUUUCCCGUGUAUUACCCUCUUAAUAAAUUGUUGAUUUCGUCCUCCACUUUGGAGAAGGGCAGAUUGCUUUAGAUUAAAAACAAGAUAUCCACUGGCAAUCUUAUAUUUUUACCCAACCUCCCCCCCUCCCCCCAUUUCCUCCUUUGAAAAAUCUUUUUGUUUUUUCGAAAAACAAAAGACAAACAAAGAAUACCUUGAGGCUGAGAGGAACUAGGAUUUUGAGAUCACAAACAAAUGACACACUAUGAGCUAAAAGUCAGUUAAGAUCGUUUCAAUUUCGCUCAUUUGCCGCAAAGUCAUUAAGCUCUUUAUUGCGCUGUAAAAUUAUGAAGGAAUCCUUUUUCAUAAUGCCAAACUUGGUGCGAACUGGUUUUUCCAGUCAUCAGAGUAAGUUGCACAAGUAAGUGACACACAUAAUAUUCUUAUUUACUUUCUUCACUUUUUUUCUACUCGAUAAAAUAUUAUACCAAGUCAAGUGGAAAUUUUCCCAUAAUUUUCUCCUCAAAACAAUUGCAAAAAUAAGAAUAAGCCUUAUCUCCCCACACAGAGAACUUCAUGGAAAGGAACAGUGUUUAUCUAGAUGUGUGACAACAAUAAAAUAAAUUGUUUUUCAAAACAGAAGAUAAAGGGAAAACGAGGUUCAGAAGGGGUUUAGUAUCCUACGAGUUGAUGAUUUUCCUGGGCACUGGCAGACAUCCCUCUGACUACAAAGAUUAUGGCUGUCAUUGUAGACGUAGACUUCGAAAAGGUCCUACAGGUGGAAAACGUCGUCGAUAUAGAAGAUUGCGCAUCAUGGGCAAAGUAGAUAAGUAAAUGAAUAAUGCAAUGUUGUUGUAUUACUUUGGUUUGCUUUUUCUUCUCUUUUUCAAACGUAUAUGUUGCUUUUUAAUCUAUCCGUUAGCUCGUUCGCCCUAUAGCAAGGGCUAUUGGGUUAUCAACGACCAUGAAACGUUGAGGUUGGUCAGUCGAAAUCUCCGCGGUAUGAAAAAAUAUGAUUCAUUCCGUUUGAUUAUGGUCAGUUUGAAACUCUAUUUGCAUAUUUGGACUUGGUUUUAAUGGAAUAAUAUUGAGUUGAGGUUCGUGAUUAAUCUAGGAUUUCAAUAGUCUGGCUUUACUUCCCCCUGCAAUUGUUCUGACAAUGCGUGCCGUUCUCUCAAACAAUCACCAGGCUAUCAAUGUUUACCUAUGUCACAUGAUUCACUGUUGGCCCUUAGUGGUAUCUUUUAUUGUAAGAAUAGAACGUUAUACAACUUAUAUAGAACUUAUUGUAUGGAUAGAACUUCCCUACCGAGCGAUCCUUUAGCUCGGUAGGGAAAUAGAGAAAGAUGUUAUUUCGUUUUGCCACGGGCGUAGGACAAAUAUUCUAAGUCCACACGAAAAAUCGAAUAUCAGACUCGGCUCCGGGUCCGAUAGCUGACGCUCUUUCAAUGAGCCAUAGAGACUCUAUGGUAAGCUUCGUCGUUUCGAGAUCCACAUUCAACAAAUUCUCGAAACUGUUUAUCCAAACAAAUAUGCAUGACACGGUUUUGGUUUUGUAGCACUCAGUAGAAAGACAUGAAACCAUCUAUUUUGUUUUCCAGUUGUUGCCGCAUCCGCAAUUUCUGCCUCAGUAAACUUACGAAGUCUAAGUAUUGCCCGUUCAAAAAAAUUGGAGCACCAUUUGACAUACCUUACUUAGCAGGAUUGACCAAGAGUGGAGGAAAAAAAAAUUUCAAAUGCGGUAAGCUCAAAACUCCCACCUAGGAUGGCUAAUUAGAUAACCAACCGGCUCUAUUGACUUGGUAGAGAAAGAGACUUUUUACCUAAAUUUUUUACGCAGAAAUCUUUCAAAUAUAUGAUGAUAAUAAUGAAUUCACUAUCAGGCUUCAGCAGAAACGUUUUUGUAAAAUGGUCAAAUGUCAAAAGUGAGACUCUUAUGACGAACUUAUUACAAAGGCGUUGAUUGCGGCUUCCAUUGCAAGUUGAUAAGGUUAAAGGCCCGAGGAUGUAAUUUGAAAAAGUUUUCGAUUCUACAUUGAAUAUUUCGUUGUUAGUUAUGUCAUCGUCAUCAUAAUAAGCAUCGUUAUUGCUAUCAUCGUCAAUACUUUUUUAUUCUUUCAGCGUCUUUCAAAUACCGAAGUUAUGAUCGCUGUCGUAAAGAACUGUGCAAGUGUAAUACU